UGGGGCUUGCUGGCCAUGGCUCUACUUACUGCGGCCAUGGCCUUGGGAGCCAAGAACUCAUCCUGUUUUGUUCUUGCUGCCCGACAUGCCAGUGCUUCUUCCACGAAUUUGAAAGAUGUAUUGGCCAACCUGAUACCUAAGGAGCAGGCCAGAAUUAAGACCUUCAGACAGCAACAUGGCAAGAUGGUGGGCCAAAUCACUGUGAACAUGAUGUAUGGUGGCAUGAGAGGCAUGAAGGGACUAGUCUAUGAAACAUCAGUUCUUGAUCCUGAUGAGGUCAUCCGCUUCCGAGGCCACAGUAUCCCUGAGUGCCAGAAACUGCUGCCCAAAGCUAAGGGUGGGGAAGAGCCCCUGCCUGAAGGAUUAUUUUGGCUGCUAGUAACUGGACAGAUCCCAACAGAAGAACAGGUUUCGUGGCUCUCAAAUGAGUGGGCAAAGAGAGCAGCUCUGCCUUCGCAUGUGGUCACCAUGCUGGACAACUUUCCUACCAAUCUGCACCCCAUGUCUCAGCUAAGUGCAGCUGUUACAGCCCUCAACAGUGAUAGUAACUUUGCCCGGGCAUAUGCAGAGUGUAUCAACCGAACCAAGUACUGGGAGUUGGUUUAUGAAGAUUGUAUGGAUCUGAUUGCAAAGCUACCUUGUGUUGCAGCAAAGAUCUACCGGAAUCUUUACCGCGAGGGCAGUAGUAUUGGGGCCAUUGACUGUAAGCUGGACUGGUCCCAUAAUUUCACUAACAUGUUAGGCUAUACGGAUGCUCAGUUCACGGAACUCAUGCGCUUAUACCUCACCAUCCACAGCGACCAUGAGGGUGGCAAUGUAAGUGCCCAUACCAGCCAUUUAGUGGGCAGUGCCCUUUCAGACCCUUACCUGUCAUUUGCAGCAGCCAUGAAUGGGCUGGCAGGGCCUCUACAUGGACUGGUGAAUCAGGAGGUGCUUGUGUGGCUAACACAACUACAGAAGGAAGUUGGCAAAGAUGUAUCAGAUGAGAAGUUACGAGACUACAUCUGGAACACACUUAACUCAGGACGGGUUGUCCUAGGCUAUGGCCAUGCGGUGCUGAGAAAGACUGAUCCAUGAUAUUCCUGUCAGCGAGAGUUUGCUCUGAAACACCUGCCCAAUGACCCCAUGUUUAAACUGGUUGCUCAACUGUAUAAGAUUGUACCCAAUAUUCUCCUAGAGCAGGGCAAGGCCAAGAAUCCUUGGCCCAACGUAGAUGCUCACAGUGGGGUGCUGCUCCAGUACUAUGGCAUGACGGAGAUGAAUUAUUACACAGUCCUAUUUGGAGUGUCACGGGCUCUGGGUGUGCUGGCACAGCUCAUCUGGAGCCGAGCUUUGGGCUUCCCUCUAGAAAGGCCUAAAUCCAUGAGCACAGAUGGUUUGAUGAAAUUUGUGGACUCUAAGUCAGGGUAAAACUUGGGAACUGGGGGGAAACUUGACUACCAGAAGAUAAGAAGCUUAACAACAACAAAAUAGUAUACUUUUGUUUCAAGGGAC